AUGUUGGAUGCCCAUGAUGCUGAUUACUUGAUUGCAGGGCUAAGGAGCAACAUCCUAAGUCUCCACUAUGAGGAUAGGGCCACCCCAAAACAGAGAGCCUAUGUCAGCGCUGUCUCUGGUGGCAUCGCUGGCGGCGCCGUGACUAGAUUAAUGGGUGGUCGUCUCAUCCCAGGAGUUGUGGUAUUCUCGCUGCUCGGCUACCUGGGACAGAGAUCUUACAAUGCUGUCGACUCAUGGCAGAUGGAACAUGCAAAUACCCCAUCGAAGCCAAUUCUGCAACGAAUAGCAGAUUCCAAAUGGAUUCCACUCAAGACCCUCUCUGAUGACGAAUACAGGGGAAUCUUGGGUGAGAAACUUCUCAGCAUCGAGGCUGAGAUAGCAAUCAUCGACGAAAAGAUCGAGGAGCUUGAGAAAGCCAAAGCAAACGGACAGAACAUGACGGGACUGGAUCCUUCAUCAACUAGAUGA